CUACAACCUCUAACAGUAUAACAACUGAUUCAACUAACUACUAGCCACGUCAGUUAAGCCAGCUGUAGCAUGCUCCCCCUAUCAAAAACACAAGAGAGUGCAAAACUCUUCAUUUGGAAUCUCCAGAUUGGGGAGGAAAGUGAAAGAAAGCAACCACAUUCGUGACCAAGCAUAGGUUAUUCUUUGAAUGAAGUUUAAUUGAGUUUUAAAUUGCAGCCUAGAGGAAUCAAAAUGUAAGUUUAUUUAAAUCUUAAUUUACACUUAUUACAUAAAAUAAUGUAAUGAGGUAGUUGUAACUUUAUUAUUUUUGGUGUUUAGUGAUUCAUGACAUAUUGGACUGAGAGAGCUGGAGCCGAGGUUAUAGUGGCUUCAGUGGAGAAGGAGCUCCGGGUGGACGCCUUACAUGGAUUCAAAAUCAUAGCCGAUAUACUUAUUUCUGAUUGUGCCAAUAUUGAGUUUUGGUCUCCUUUCUCUUCCUACUUAAGAGUUGGACUACUGCCGUUGAGGUCAAUUUACAGAGCUUGUACGGCCUACAUAAAUCAGAGUGUAUAGUUCAAUCCUUUACAUUUUUUUAUGUUGGUGUCGUUCAAAAGAAAGGUAUUUCAGUUGCAAAGAAAAUACACAUUUUAUGUGUUUCAUCAAAGAAUUUGAUUGAAGAUUUUGUAGAAACAAAGAAUAAUCAAUUUGAACGAAACAG